CUGGACGCGGCCGAGGGCGGCUGGGCGGCGCGGGCCAGCGCCGGCUGCCUGCGCAAGGGGCAGGCGCUGCUGGCCUGCGGCUCCCCCUUCGGAGACUUGUGCCCCGAGCUCUUCCUCAACACGCUGAGCCGGGGGGUGGUCAGCAACCUGGCGGGCGAGGAGAACGCCCUGGUGCUCACCGAUGCCCGCUGCCUGCCAGGCACCGAGGGCGGCGCCGCCUUCGUGCCCUCGCCCGACGGGCCCCGCGUGGUGGCCGUGAUCGCCGCCUCCUUCUGCUGGAAGGGCGCCGAGUGGGUCGGGCUGACGCUGCUCUGCUCGCUCGCCGCCAUCCUGCGCAGCAGCGCCGCUGUCCUGGGCGAAGCCGGCAUCGCGGUGCCGCCGGUGCCGGCGUGGGUGGCCGCGGUGCCGGCGAGCAGCGGGCAGGACCCCCUGGGCUGGACGGCGCUGGUGGAGUGCGGGGCGACCUGGGGCUCCGGGGUGCUGCUGGCCCCGAGGAUGCUCCUCACCUGCCGGCACGUCGUGGAGGCCAGAGCCCCGCUCCAUGUGACUGCGGCAGCGGGCCCCGGCCAGGAUGCCGCCGUGCUCAGGGGACGUGUGGUGUUUGCCACCGAGGAGUCGUCCCCCUUCGACGUGGCCGUGGUGGAGCUGGAGGAGAGCGUGCCCGGCUUUGUCCCGCCGUGCCUGGCCGACACCUUCGUUCCCGGAGAAGAGGUGAGCGUGGUGGGCUACGGGGCUUUGGGGCCGGCGUGCGGCCCCUCGGUGACAGCCGGGGUCCUCUCGGCCGUGGUGGCGGUGGCCGAGCGCCCUGUCAUGCUGCAAACCACCUGUGCUGUCCACGGGGGCUCCAGCGGCGGCCCCCUCGUGUCCUCCCGCAGCGGAUGCCUCAUGGGCAUCGUGGCCAGCAACACGCGGGACACCGGUGCGGGGGCCACCUAUCCCCACCUCAACUUCUGCAUCCCCAUCACCGUCCUGCAGCCCCUCAUCGCGCGCUACCGCCGCACCGGCGACCCCCUCGCCUUCGCUGGGCUCAACCGGGUGGCUGAGGGGGUGCGGGCGACUUGGAAGCUCCAGCAGCGGCCGGGGCCCCCCAGCAAGCUCUGAGCCCCCCCAGGUGGGGGGCGUGUGCCAGGGACCGAGGUACCAGGGACCGAGGUGCUGCGGAUGGAGCUGCCACACCCCCCCUUCAGCCCCGGUGGUGUGGGGGCCCAAGCACCUGGACACCUCCCCCUGGGGCAGGGGGUAUGGCACAGUGCCUUUGACAGCUGCUGACGGCCCCAAACUGGGGAGGUUUGGGGUCUGUAUUAUUGUUUUAUUUUCUCCCUGGGGCCAUAAAUGCUGUGAGUUGAG